AUGUUGCCUGGCGUGAGCCGGGCGUUGUUCUCGUCCUCGGUGCGACUAAGAUUCCCCAGAUGCAUUUCUCGACGUCCCCUCGCUGUCCGGCAGCUAUCCUCAAGCUCCCCACGCCUCGCCCGCUACGCCAGAUUCGAUCCGGAGCAUCCUCUCGACAUGCGGCGCUGGGACACAGGUAUGAAGGUCGUCGCGGGAGUCAUUGUUGGCGGCGGUGUGUACUACGUAAUCCAUCUCGAGCAGGUGCCGGAGACGGGGCGGUGGCGGUUCAUGGACAUCAACCCAAAAUUUGAGGCGAAACUGGCGGAGACCGCGCGUGAGGAGCUCCUAGCAGAGUUCAAGGGCAAGACGCUCCCUCCGAACCACCCACUCACGCGCCAUGUUCGGCGCGUAGUCACCCGCAUCCUUGAAUCGUCCAACCUGGGUACCCUCUCGUCUCCAGAGCAUAGAAUCGUUUCUCCAGAGCAAGUACUUGAGGAUCUGUGGGAGCCCCAGCUACGCUCAGAAAGUGAGACGCCACCAGGUGCUGGUGGCAGGGUGUGGAACCUCCUCGUCGUUAACGACGACAAGAUCGUCAACGCGAUGGCAAGCUAUGGGAGUAUCGUUGUCUUCACUGGUAUUUUGCCCGUAGCCAGAGAUGAAGCAGGUUUAGCCGCUAUCCUCGGACACGAGAUCGGGCACGUCGUCGCAAGACAUGCCUCUGAGCGCUACUCGGAAGCGAAGGUGUUCAUUUUCCUGGCAUACCUCCUGGAGCUCACUGGCCUUGAUUUUGGCUUUGCGCGAAUGCUCACGACCCUGUUGUACUCAUUGCCCAACUCCCGCACUCAGGAGUUUGAAGCGGACAAGAUUGGGUUGACACUGUCCUCAAAAGCCUGCUAUGACCCACGAUCCGCACCAGAAAUGUUCGCCCGCCUUGGCAAGCUUGAUGAAGGCUAUCUCAAUAUCAGCUUCCUGAACACACAUCCAACCUCGGACAAGCGUAUCAAGCAACUUGAAGACAUGCUCCCCGAAGCUUACGCUUUGCAGGCUGCCACGCCCGAGUGCGGUGAUUCCCUGCGAGACAGCUUGGGGGCGUUCAGAGACACGUUCGCACGUGGAUUCAACAAGGACAACGAGAGUGCGAGUUGGAGAUGGGGUUAG